UACAUUUACAAAAGUGAAAUCAGGACGACUCAGGACUAUGGAUAUACAAUCUGUUUUUUACACAACUCGCUAACACACCCACUUCUAAGAACAUUUUCCUUGUCACACUUUAAUCCUUAGCGAACUUAUUUUACUUAAGAAUGAAAAUGUCCUAAUACUAAAAUUCAACAUAUGUAUGAGGAAUUUGUUUUCUCAUGUUGAUCUGCUGUUAAAGCAUUCUUCUCUUAUACAAAAAGUAAACUUCAAUACUGUGCAGGUACACAUAUAAGACAUGCGUGUUUGUCUUGACAGGCAUCAAGUCAAACAUGUUUGACUUGAUGCCUCCUCCACAGCUUAAUAAACCACAAGUAAUGUUAUAAGGAAAGUUCAGUGAAGUGCAGAACUGAUGGUGAUGGUUUAGUGGACAACGGUGUGAGUCUGUGGGUGGAGCUGAGGAAGAAAUAAAAAGGUAUUUAAAGUUGAGGACAAAGUGACGGAGGAACAGUUAAAAUGGCUCUCUACCAGUUUCUGUGUGGUUUAACUGUGAUGAUCGUGCUCUCAUCCAAAGGUAGGAAGACACAUGCAAUAUUUCACUUUUUUUCUUUUUGAUGGAGGAAGUAUAAGACUGUGAUGCAACUUGGACUUUUUUUUUUUUCUUUUUUUUUUUUUUUUACAGUUUUCUGUAAUCCUCCUGGGUUAGAAUGGAAGAAACUUACAAAGACGACUGAUAUCUGGGCUCAAGCAGACAACAACAUAUUUUAAAUGAAUUGCUUAACACAUUAUUUAAAUGAUUUUAAACAGGAACAACGGUACAAAUACAUGAUUUUAACAAGAAACGGGGAUAACCUCAAUUAUUAAAAAGAUAAACUGCUAAAUUUCAGGCGCACCGUUGUGACUGUUGAAGAUGUUUAGUCACACUUUUGAGUGCAUGUGCAACAAAAGCAGAUUUCUAUAAUGUAAAACAAACAAACCUAAGUACACUGGAGUCAGAUUUUAGACUUAUUUUAGUAGCCCACACAGAGAACAUUAACAACUCACGUAUCUUAAAAAAAAAAUUCUAAGAGGCUUUUCCCCCAGAUUUUAUAAAAACAGUAAAAAUAAUUAAAUCAAAUAUUUACUUUCCACUGAAAAACUAAAGUAAACAAAUAACAAAGAUUUGUAUUUUAAUGUCGGAAAAAUGGACUCAGAUUGGUUUUGACAAUAUUUCGAGAACAUUCAGUAGCUUUUUCAUAUGUUAUGUCAAAUGUGCUUUGCCCUGAAGAUGGCUGCUUAACAUUUUUCUUUCUUUGUUCUAACUUUCAGGUUGUCACUCAGUUCCAAGUAAGCAUCCAACUUAACAAGUUCUGCAAGUUUCCAGUUUUGUUUCCAUCUGUCAGCUAUAGAAAACGGAUAUUAAGGGUAUAACUGUGUUAUUACCAGAUUCAACGUUGAUGCUGUUCACACCAGCAUCCAAGUCACUUCCUCUAAUCGUUACCGAAUAGUUUUAAUCACACGGUUUACCCAUAUCGUGAAUUGGUCUUUGACGUGUUAAGCUAUGAGGUUUUUUCUGUACUCCAUGUUUUAACUCUCUUCUUCUCUCUCAAGAAUGUGGUCAGGCUGUGAACAACAACAGAAUUAUUGGAGGUCAAGAUGCGCGUCCAGGAAGUUGGCCCUGGCAAGUCAGUUUAAACACUGACGAAUAUGCGAUCUGUGCAGGCUCUCUGAUUUCAGACGAGUGGGUGAUGACGGCUGCUCACUGCAUCACAGGUGAGAAACUGCAGGCAUUUGUGGGCCGCAUCAGGCAGUCUGGUCCGAACCCCAACGAAGAGUCAAGAGGAAUCGUUCAGUCUAUAAUUCAUCCUUCAUACGACUUCAUCACCAAAGACAACGACAUCGCUCUCCUGAGGCUGUCGGCCCCAGUGAACUUUACCGACUACAUCUAUCCGGUCUGCUUGGCCUCGGCAAACAGCACCUUCCACAACGGGACGAGCAGCUGGGUUGCUGGAUGGGGUGUGAAGGAUGAUGGUUCCUAUAGCGACAUCCUUCAGGAUGUGAACGUACCAAUAGUGGGAAACCGUGAGUGUACAUGCACCUAUUAUGCAGUCACAGAGAACAUGAUCUGUGCCGGGGUCAGAGCCGGAGGGAAGGAUGCAUGCACGGGAGACUCCGGAGCUGCUCUGGUGACAAAAAGGGGUCAAAUCUGGAUCCAAAGUGGAAUUGUGAGUUUUGGUAGCGGUUGCGCUAGGCCUUUAACUCCCGCAGGUUACACCCGAGUGUCUCAGUACCAGGACUGGAUCAGCAGCAUCACCGGCAAGAACAGAUCAGGCUUUGUUACCUUCACCUCGCCUGGAGUCGACAGCGACGUAAACUUCACCUGCCCGACAAAACCACCCCGACCAUCCACAAAACCACCCAGACCUCCCACAACCAUCUACACCAAAACUCCCGUCGUUCCGAUCACUGACAAGGAAGGUGGCAGUGUGUUCGACAGCGGUGAAGAUGUGAUGCACUUCUCUCAGUUCAUCUCACUGUGUUUUCUAGGUCUUUCACUCCACAUGCUUGCUUAAAAUGAAGGUGUGAAAGGUAAAAGCGUCUCAUUAAGUGUUUUUCAUGAAGAACCUUCUACUUUUAAACAUGCGAUAAGAGUACACAACUUAAAUACUGAGAUUGUUGAUAAACAAAACAACAAACUCUUUCCUUGAAGUGUAAUUUUAAAAAUUGUGGUUUGGGAUUGUUUGAUUCAUUUGUCUUUAAUUAAGGAGUAUCUCAACACCAUGAUGUUUCACCUUUAACACCUGAAACACACCUCUGCAUCACAUAAACCACUGGAAGUCAGCAAUACCAACAUUUUAGGCUGAGUUACUCUUUCACUUUUGUGUUGUUAAAAUGUUUAAAAUCUGUAUUCUAAUAAAAAGUUAUUCAUUUAAUGAAACUGCAGGUGGUUGGGUUAGGUAAAUUUAGUUAACAACAACACAUUUUUAUAAUCUGCAGCACACCUUCUUUGAAUAUUUUGUCUU